AUGUCUGAAAUCAAGUCGCUUGCAGAAAGCAACCUGUUCAAACCAAUCAAGGUCGGAAACGUCGAGCUGCAAAACAGACUCGCGUAUCCGCCAACGACCCGGCAAAGAGCCACUGCCGACUUCGUGCCGACCGACUCGAUGCUCAAGUACUACGAGCAGAGAGCAGAGAACAACGGCGGCCUGCUUGUGGCCGAGGCCACCUACCCCGACUACAGCUUCGGCCUAUACCCAAACACGCCGAUGAUCAAGACGCCGCAGCAGGUGGAGGCCUGGAGACAGAUUAUCGAGGCUGUGCACAGCAAGGGCUCCUUUUUUUCCGUGCAGCUGUGGCAUCUGGGCAGAACGGCCAGCGCCUUGUUCAACAAGUCCAAAGGUCUGCCGCUGGUGGGUCCGUCCGCGUUGUAUAUUGACGAGGCGUCGGAAAAGGCCGCCAAGGAGGCGGGCAACGAGCUGAGAGAGCUGACGAUUCCUGAAAUCGAGGGCAUUGUGAAGGAAUUCGCCGCUGCUGCCAAGAGAGCCGUCCACGAGGCCAAGGCGGACUUUAUCGAGCUUCAUGCUGCGCACGGUUAUCUGCUCGACCAAUUCAACCAGCCAAACGUCAACAGGCGCACCGACAAGUACGGCGGCUCGAUCGAGAACCGUGCCCGGCUGAUUUUGGAGGUGGUGGAUGCCUGUGUAGAGGCCGUUGGGGCCGAGCACGUGGCCAUCAGACUGUCGCCGUACGCGGCUGUCCAGGGAGUUGAGGGCGUGGAUGCCGAGAUCCACCCGAUCUCGUACAUUGGGUAUGUGCUCAGCGAGCUGGAAAAAAGAGGAAAGCAAGGCAAAAGACUGGCGUACGUUUCCGUCGUGGAGCCAAGAGUGAAUGGAAUUUUCGACAGCAAGGACGAGAGAGAGUUUAACACCUCGUGGAUCGGCGAGAUCUGGAAGGGAGUGCUGUUGAGAUCGGGUGCGUACCUGAACCAGAACUCCAAGUUCAUUGAGCAGGACGUGAAUGCGAACGACAGAACGCUGAUCGGUGUUUCGAGAUACUACACCUCGAACCCAGACCUUGCGGACAGACUGAAGAAGGGUCUUUCUCUGACCCCGUACGACAGAUCGAAAUUCUACAAGAGUCUUUCCAACGACGGAUACCUCACUUUCACCAAGUACGGAGAGGACACGGAGAAAUACAAGGACCUGGUGGACGUUGUUCCGGAGGCCCUGGCAUGA